GCCACACUCACAGUAACCAUCAGCAUGCUUUCUCAUUAGGACUAGUGUGCUGUUCAACCCCUGUCAGGUUUCUGCUGUUCAUGUUGUCUCCAAGAAAUACGUCAUCAUUUAGCGACAGUGACAUUUGCGAACGAGCUUCGAAAAUGGCUCCGUCGCCAACCAAGAGGAAGGAUCGCUCGGACGACAAGACCAAAGAACGAGGGAAGGAGAAAGCAAGCACCAAAGAAGGGGCGGACAAGGAGAGGGGCAGAGAGAAGGGGCGCAAACGCCGCAGUGCGUCCACAGGCAGUAGCAGCUCCAGUUCCAGCAGUAGCUCGGGCUCCAGCUCGGGUUCGUCCAGCGGGUCCAGCUCGUCCUCGGCCUCCAGUCGCUCGGGAUCCUCCAGCUCCCGCUCCUCCAGCUCCUCCAGCUCCUCGGGGUCGCCCACACCCAACCGCCGCCGCCACGACAACCGCAGACGCUCUCGCUCCAAGUCCAAGUCAGUGAAGAAAGACGACAAAGAUCGGAGGCGCAGAAGCCCCAGCCCAAGGCCCACGAAGGUCUACCUGGGCCGCCUCACCAGAAACGUCAUCAAGGAACACAUCCAGGAGAUCUUCUCCACCUAUGGGAAGAUCAAGAUGAUCGAUAUGCCCAUGGACAGGCUCCACCCCCACCUGUCUAAGGGCUACUGCUACGUGGAGUAUGAGACGGCCGACGAGGCGGAGAAGGCCCUCAAGCACAUGGAUGGAGGUCAGAUUGACGGGCAGGAGAUCACCGCCACCGCAGUGCUGGCCCUCAGGGUGCGCCCCCCGCCCCGCCGGCCCUCCCCUCCCCGCAGGAUGCCCCCCCCGCCGCCCAUGUGGCGCAGGACCCCCCCACGGAUGAGGAGGAGGUCCCGCUCGCCUCGACGACGGUCUCCAGUCCGUCGCCGUUCCCGAUCUCGCUCGCCUGGCCGAAGACGCCAUCGUUCGCGUUCCAGCUCCAACUCCUCCCGAUAAAAACCCGCAGGCUGACCCAAGUACCCCAUGCGCCAAGCAUUAGCGUGACCCUUCAGUGUUUGAUAAGCUACCUGCCUGUCAAUGACAAUUCCACAUCAUUUCUCAUUUCUGAUGGCCAUGUUAAAGAGGUGAAGGUUGCUUUCAAACCUUUAUCCUGUUGAUGUAUUUCUCCUUCUAGGAACAUUUUCGUGUUUUUACAGCUUAUUACGACUGUGUACUUGUACAUAAGAAAAAGGGUUUGUAUAGAUAAAAAAAAACAUUUUAAGUACUGUUUUAGUUUCCCCCCUACUCUUAUAACAGAUGUUUUUUCCCCCCGCAUAUUUCUGUUCAGCUCCUCUACAACAAACGAACUGCAUGAUGCUGUCGCUGAGUUCUAUUACCAUAGAGAUUUCUGGUGCAGAGCUGUCAGAUGUAUAAGAAUGUGAUUUCUGAGGGACUUUGUCAUUGGUAGAUUUAUGUGUUAUAUUGAGAAUAAAAUAAAUACAAAAGUCCAAAACAAUUUGUUUGUGUUAGUGAGCCAUGUGUGUAACUAUCAGUGACAGAUGUUUUUGCUAUUCAAAAACCAUAAUGAUUCAUAUAAAAUAAGGGAGAACAGUGAGACUCCUUCAUCUGUCAUAUCUUUAAAGCACGUCAGCCAACGAUUCCAUUACAGCCAAGCAGGAUAAAUUGUGUCUGGUUCAGCUAAUAGGUCUGAAGCAUUUAGUUAGUGACAUGAUUGG